GACCACAAUGCUACAAGACAGUGUACCUGUAUACCAGGCUUUUUCCGUGUGCAAAAUGAAAGUCCGGGUGUCGCCUGUACUGGACCUCCAUCAGCACCUCGAGAUGCACAUGCAAUGGUGGACAACAAGUCUUCAGUUGUUACUCUUACAUGGCAACCACCGGACAACAACGGCGGCCGAAACGACAUUGCCUACUGGAUAGACUGCCCUCUAUGUCCGCCAGACACAGAGUUUUCACCCCGCCAGCAUGACAUCCCCGGCCUAGAAGUCAACGUUAGCCGCUUGGAGUCACACACGACCUAUGAGUUCCUCGUUUAUGCCGUCAAUGGUGUGUCCGAGCAGAGUAUGGCCACUGGAGUCAAACAGGAGCAUAUUGUCAUUAACGCUACAACAUUUUCAUCAGUACCCUCAGCUGUCCGUGAAGUCAGCAUCGAUGAGGAAAGUUCAAGCAAGACAACCCUAGGACUGAUGUGGAAAGUUCCAAUGUUCCCUAAUGGAGUGAUCACAACCUACCAGAUCCGAUAUCGCACUACUGUAGAGACAGUCGCAGAUAGCAAGUACCACUACCAGAACCACCAGGCACACAGCGAGGUGCAGAGGACACAGGUUACCGGGCUCCAACAGGGAACCGACUACGUAUUUUCUAUUGCUGCAACCACAAAAGCUGGUGUUGGAGAGUAUAGCACGCCAUUUGUCGCAAGAACAGAAGGUGGUCCUAAGAAUGCGCCUUAUGGCCCAGCAAUUAUUGCAGGGGCAGUUGCUGCAGUUUUUGUCAUCAUGGUGUUAGUGGCCGUCGUUAUAUUCCUCCUAAUAUGCUGGAGAAGACGCAAGGCUAACCAGCUGUACCUAAAGAUUGCCUCCUGUCCGAAUAACGGAAAAAAGGAAAUGCCGCCAACAGCAAAUGGAAUGAUUUAUUCCAAUGGGCCCAAUGGAGAAGCUGUGAUUCUGCCCCAUAUUGGCAAGGCCAGAACCUACAUUGAUCCCUUCACGUAUGAAGACCCAGUCCAAGCUGUGCGAGAGUUUGCUACUGAGAUUGACGCCAGCUGUAUACGCAUUCUAGAUGUCAUUGGAGGAGGCGAAUUCGGUGAUGUCUGCUCCGGUCUGAUGCUCAUGCCUGACAAGUCCACUCGCAAAGUAGCCGUCAAGACCCUCAAGACUGGCGCCUCGGACAAAGAUCGUGCAGACUUCCUCUCAGAGGCAUCUAUCAUGGGUCAGUUUGAUGACCCUAAUGUGAUUGAGCUGCUUGGUGUAGUGACCCGGACUCGUCCAGCGAUGAUCGUAACUGAGUACAUGGAGAAUAGAUCACUGGAUACUUUCUUGAAGGAGAACGAUGGAAAGUUUUCUGUGCCCCAACUAAUCAGCAUGAUGCGUGGUAUUGCCUCCGGUAUGCGCUACCUAUCCGAGAUGAAUUUUGUACACCGUGACCUUGCCGCCCGUAACAUCCUUGUCAGCAGCACUCUAGUCUGCAAAGUGGCCGACUUUGGACUAUCACGUCGUAAACAUGAAGGAGCCUACGAGACCAAGGGUGGAAAAAUCCCAAUCAGAUGGACAGCCCCCGAGGCCAUUGCUUUCAAGAAGUUCACCUCUGCCAGUGACGUCUGGAGUUAUGGUAUUGUCAUGUGGGAGAUCAUGUCAUACGGAGAGAGACCCUACUGGAACUGGCCCAACCAAGAUGUGAUCCGUGCCGUUGAGAAAGGUUACCGUCUCCCCCCUCCAAUGGACUGCCCUGAAGCCCUGCACCAGCUCAUGCUGGACUGCUGGCAGAAGGACCGCAAUCACCGCCCGACUUUCUCCACAAUUGUGUCAACACUGGACCGCCUUACAAGAAAUCCCCAUGCUUUGAGGCCACUGGCCAAGGCUGGUGUCAAUCAGAUGAACAACAGCUUCACUGACCUGACACAGCUCCACUCCGUCACUGAGUGGUUGGACAGCAUUAAGAUGGGUCGAUACAAGGACACCUUCUCCCAGGCUGGUUACGUCCGUCUAGAGGACAUCGCUCGCCUCUCCCAAGGAGAUCUCCCAAGGCUAGGCGUUAACCUCGUCGGCCACCAAAAGAAGAUAAUGAAGAGCAUUCACUCCAUCCGCUCCCACCUGGAGCAAGCUGAGGAGACGCUAGUAUAAAGACGGCUGGAGAGGAGACCAGCUUAAUGUAGAUAUCUAUGUGGAUUUUCUUGUGGACUGUAGGAGACUUCUUUCAUUGCAGCGGAACUUUCAGCUGAGAGUGGAUUUUGUAAAAACUAUCGUGGUGCAGUCAGCCACAUUAAAAGAAAGACUCUGAUGUUGGUGUUCUAUAGCACAUCAUCUUUAGAGGUCACAAAAGGUCCCUUACCCCUGCCACAUUAAAUGUGAUGUUUAUAAGGUUCUCCUGGGAGAAUCUUGCCCCAAAUUGUGACAAAAUACUGGACAAGCUGUGAUGGAAGUCCUUAUUUCCUUAGGUGGACCAUGUCCAUAUAUUGGACAAUCAUGCUUCUGGCAGCCAGUCAUCAGUUGAUUGUCUCAUACAUAGUUGAUAUGUAGACAGUGGUGGUAGCUUAGCAAGUAAGUGGUUGAUGGAAGUGAUGAAUCUACAAUUGAAUGCCAACAGAUUAUUGUUAAACAUCACUCUGUAUUAUGGAUUGCUUGGAAAGUUGGUUUGUCUGAAUUUGAAGAAGAAAUGGACUUCACUAGCCAGAAGGCUAUCAAACCAGUGGUCAUGGCCACUCAGUCAGUAAGUAAACUAGUCGCUUGACUAGCUGGAAAGCCACAUUGGCUACAAUCUAGUUGACCGUCAUACAAGUUGCCAGCCACUCAGCAACAAGCCAGUUGACUAGCUUGAAAGCCACAUUGGCUACAAUCUAGCAUCCAACAAGUUACCAGCCACUCAGUAAGGCAACAAGCCAGUUGACUAGCUGGAAAGCCACAUUGGCUACAAUCUAGCAUCCAACAAGUUACCAGCCAAUCAGUAAGGCAACAAGCCAGUUGACUAGCUGGAAAGCCACAUUGGCUACAAUCUAGUUGACCGUCAUACAAGUUACCAGCCAAUCAGCAACAAGCCAGUUGACUAGCUUGAAAGCCACAUUGGCUACAAUCUAGCAUCCAACAAGUUACCAGCCACUCAGUAAGGCAACAAGCCAGUUGACUAGCUGGAAAGCCACAUUGGCUACAAUCUAGCAUCCAACAAGUUACCAGCCACUCAGUAAGGCAACAAGCCAGUUGACUAGCUGGAAAGCCACUUUGGCUACAAUCUAGCAUCCAACAAGUUACCAGCCAAUCAGUAAGGCAACAAGCCAGUUGACUAGCUGGAAAGCCACAUUGGCUACAAUCUAGUUGACUAUCAUACAAGUUGCCAGCCACUCAGUGAGACAACAAGCCAAAUCACUAGCUGGAAAGCCACAUUGGCUACAAUCUAGUUGACCAUCAUACAAGUUGCCAGCCACUCAGUAAGGCAACAAGCCAGUUGACUAGCUGGAAAGCCACAAAUCACCAUCACUGGCCUGUUUAAACUAGCCAGCCACAUACAGUUCUUCUAGCGAUUCAUCUCAACUGCUGAUCAGUUGCAAAUGUUAACCAGCAAGCUCGCUGGACCUGCACUAUGGUGAAAUACAACUCAGUUUCACCUCUUCAACACAAAUUGGCUUUAGAAAAGCAACUGGAAAUCCAUCAAGGAGAGUUCUAUAGUAACAUUUUAGUAUCCAACAAAUGAAGGUCAAACAAAACCAAAUAUCAGAGUCAUUGGUAGCUAAGGAUGGUUGAAUCUAAAUGUAGCUUUAUAAUGUGUCUAGAAAUACAGCACAGAAAUGAGAUAUAAUCCUUCGUUCUUCGCUGUCAUGAAAUGAAUAGUUUUUAAGAUAAUUUUCAAUUCCCCCAAAAAUUAUUUGUGCAAAAUGUUUGUGGUAUACAGCUAUCCUAUGGAUGUAUUUCAUAGGUUCAUCUGGGAUAAAUAGUUUGUUGCCCUCCCUUUCCCAGGCUUAUUGUACAUAUCUAUAAAUAUGGACAGUUUGUAUGAUACGUAUUGGGUACAAAAGACAGUAUGUUACUUGGGUUGACUAUUUGGGAACCCAGUUCCGCUCUUUGUUGCCACAAAUACAAAGAAACCAACAGAUUUCUGAAACUUGACUCCUUUUAGUUCCUUCAUUUUAAACCCUUUGGACAUCAGUUUGAGAGAGAAGGUAUCAAGGGUCCACUUAAUUUUAGCUUGAUUUAGUUUCUUAAUCCAGAAAGAUUAUACGUUCUCAUCUUUUUUACAAAAAUUUAAAAGAGAAAAAAAAGUGGAAGGAACAUUUUAAGAUGACAAUCAUUGUGUUAUAUAUAAACCACAGAUGUUAUUUAGUUUCAUGUAUUUUAAUUUCAAAGGUGGUGGGACAUUAUUUUCAGUUUUAAGAAGAGUUAAUCAGCGCUUUGUUUAAGAAAUCAAAUUAAAAAAGUUGAUUGUUUUUUUGUGGAGGAUUUGGCGUGUAAAUAUAAACGGCCGGUAAUUAUACGUAAUCAAAGCAUAUGAAUCUGUCAUUUCCAUAUGUAUAAUUUAUAAUUUAAAUGUGAAUAACGUGUGUGAUUUGAUAACUCUCAAGCCAUUGUCUUUUGUACUUACCCAAAGAGAUAAACUAUAAUCUUGUUAUAUAACUUGAGGUUGCAAAUCAUAAAUUCUUUAAUGCAAAGAUGUUUAAAGUUUAAAUGCAAGCCUUUCCCUGAUUCCCACAGUCGCAAUAUAAUGGCAUUUAUUCUGUUGAUGGGAUUAAGUUUGGAUUCAUCUCCUCUGUUAAAAGCUAGGUCCAUGCUUGACUUCCGAACAGAGUGUGGGCUAAACAUGUUCAUAUUAGUAUGCACUCAUCUUUUCUAGGUCUUGGAUAUUUUUCUUUGAGCAACACGGAAGAGAAAGGUUCAACUGGUUUGAUAUAGUUCGGGCAGUGUCUACUGCAAGGCACUGUGUCUACUUCCAGAUCACCAACAAGUCCCCUAUCCCCAACAUGGUAGCCAAAGUCACCAGGUUCAGCCACUUUUCAAGACUGUGUUGGAGUUUGUGACUUCAGUAGUGGCUAUUGCUUGAUUACUGAAAGCCAAUGGUCAUAGCCGUAGCCAAAGUCACUUGGUUUGGCCACAAUCAUGGGUCUUACUACAUGAACCUCCCAUCUAUGAAUUUCACAUGGGUGAAUGGGAUAAUAUGUAAGCAUACUAAUAGUCUUCUGUACAAGUUGAAAUAAGAUUUUUGCAUGCUAGAUUUUUAGAUGGUUUUAAUCAGUGAAGAAAAUGAUCAUACGUAAACAUAUGAUAAGAAAUAAUUUUUCGUUUUUUUUAUGGUGUCCCUUUUUAAGUUAAGCUAAUAUAUCAGUCCUUCCUUGUACAUAAACUAGAUUAUAAAUCUAACUAGAUGAUAAAUCUAAACGCUUUCUAACAGUUGGUUACCUUAACCUUGAUCAAUUAAUCCUAGUUGGAAAACCAUAUUUGAUAGUUAACUCAGUUUAACAACAGCUAUCUUGCUAGCUUGAUUUAAAUUUUAGAUUCGUGUUGUUUUUGUUUGAUUAAGAAAUUCAUCAAAAAUAUUUCCCAUUGUCCAAAGUGAUUUGGCUGUCUAAGAAAGGCCAUAUGAAUUGUUUUUUACUGGAUUUGAGUGCAUAAGCCAUGUCUUACAUAUCGGUUAGGGCUAGAUCAUUCUGACUAGAUCUAGAAUAAGCACUAAAUUCAUCUUAAGCCAAAGCCAUAUUAAUCAGACGCCCUAAACUGUCUCGUGUACAAUCUUGGGUUUUUAAAAUUAGCAAAGGUGUCCCUUUUUUUUUAAAGACAGACUUGGCUUUGGUGGAAUUUCCAUCUGGCCAAACACCUUUUCCUCCCGCCAGGUCUUGCUUUUUUGUAAUUUUUGAAAAUCUCUGAGAAUUUUGUUGUCUCUACAAAAAAACAAAAAAAAUUGAAAAGAAGUACACUGUACAAAAGUACCAAUAGUGCGAGUUAGAGUAGAAAUAAUCAUUUAGCGCCAUUGUAAAGAUAUUACUGGUUUGAAAGGGUUACACAUGAUUUAAUUAACUUGUUAAUUGGUUGCUUAACAUUAACUGUAAAAUGGUAUUUGUAUAGAGUGAAAGAUGUACAUACUAUAUUAACCAUUUGUGUUUUUCACUAAAACGCUCUGUAAGUUUACCGCUACUAUGCGAUCUACCGUAUUUUAUGUUACAGGCCGUUAUCAGCACGCGAUAAAGAAAGACAAUCAGGUUUUCAAAAAUAUUGCUAUGUUUCGUGAUUAACAUUAAUGUUCACAUAUUUAUAAUGUGCCUGAGGACGGCCGAAAUGUUUGAUGGCGAAAAAAAGAAAAGAAAAAAAUUAAAAGAGCGUGUUUGGUGAAUGUAAAUAAAGAUCGGCAUAAGUGCAUUCCAAAAAAGGGGAGAAAUGUUUAAACGCUGCCAGUGGUUUCCAAGCUAAAAAUAAUACUGCUGUACAUAUACCUGCAUAGCUUACGUAGGGUGUCGUGUGUUUUUACGUUGUUGUUGUCAUUGGUCUUUUAUGUAUAGUGCCCUCUGUUGGCCAAGAUGGCCAGUCGAGUGGUUAACACAAGAUUUAAAGGUGUCACCCUGUUGUGUUUUCCUCCUAAGAAAUAUAUUCAGAAGAACAUUGAGUGGAUCAUUUUCUGCACGAUUCUAUUGUGAGAUAAUUUAAUGGACGGGCGCACAUUUUAUUACAAAAUGGUAUCAUGUGAAAUGCGUAUAUGGUACUGCUAACCGUACACAGAUUUUAUGUCAGUUAAGAAAAUGUAAAAUGCAUUAUGUGUGCUGGCAUUUUGCCACUUGGUAUGUCCACACCAGAACACAGAGUUAUUCGGUUUCUAUUUCUGUGGUUGCCAUAGAACAAUUUGGAUUAUCAAAUUGCUACUUGUAAAAAUGCUUGUGGCUCAAAAAAAUGAUAAAAAGCCCAAGCAGUCAAAGGACAGGUUUGAUAUUUGAAUAACCUAUUUUUAUUGAUGUGAAUUGUCUGAGGAAAAUACAACGAGAUUGCAACUUUAGGUUUGUUUUGGUUAGAGUACAUAACAGUGUUAUCUUUCAUCUUUAAGAGUUGGUUUAUAUAUCAGAGGCUUGAAUUAACAAAAUGGAAAAAGGGUGUUUUAAAGUUUUAUUUUUAAGUAAUGAAUAAGAUCAAAUAAGGUACUUUUGACAAUUUUAUUUCAAUUAAUUUCUUCCAAUGCAUAAUACACAAUAAUGACGUGUGUAAUUGUCGGGUCGUGUAAUGUUUGGAGCCAUUCUGUAUGUCUUUACAUAAAUUAAAAUAACCAAGUAAGUAAAUCACUCCACAUUUCAACCAUUGCAUGAACAGCAACCUUAAAAACACUUACACUGCAAUAAUGUGAAAACAAGUACUAAUUAUGUCCGCAAGUAUCAAGUAACUGCAAUCAAAAUACUUUCUCCCCACAAAAAAAAGGAAACUAAAAGAAAGUUGUGAAUGAAGCUAAAUAAACUAAGUGUAUAAUUGUUAACGAAACUACUGGAAUAAAUGCCCUCAAAAUGUGAAAUUUUCCUUUGAACUGAUAAGAAAUAUCAAAGUACUUGAAUUGAAAAAUUUCUAAAAUGUCAUCGUUUUUAUGAAUUUAUUUGUUGCUGUACUUAAGGUCUUUUAAAUAUUGACAACCUGAAACAGUACUGUUUUAAUUGUUAUUGAGUCAACGUUACUUUACCUGUUUGCCUCAUUUGAUCGAUUUGACGAGGCUGAAUGUUUGCACAAGUUCAAAGGUCAUAACGACUCAUGUGACGUUUUAUGUUCAUCCCAUGCUUCCUGAUUAUCUUGAUUGCCUCCAGCUUGACUUUUAAGCUGCUGAUCAUGACCUUUGGCCUACAGGUUAAAGGUUAAAACUCGUGGAUUUGAGGCUGAUUAUGUUUUUCUUUUGUAAUGUAGUAAAGAUGUACAAUUUUCUAUAAAGAUCGCUUUGUUAUAAUUUGGGUUAUGUUUGUAUUGGAUCUCUCCAUGUAUGGUUUAGGAUGUACUCUAGGGUUCAAUGAUUGCCAUAAUGUGUUUCACCAAGAAGCUUGGUCACUAUGUGUGUAGAUUUCUCCUAAGCUAACUGCAAUUGGCAAAUGGAUGCAAAUAAAAUUUUCGUAAGGAAAAUAA